GCUUCAUGUCUUCAAGCCGCAUGACCUCUCGGCCUUCCUCUCGUCCUAUGCAGCUGUGGGCCUUUGCCAUGAGCCACUUUUGGCAGCUUCCGCCAAGGUCUUGGUGGCCUUCGGCCCUCGGCUUUCUGCGUUGGACCUAGCUCUGGUAGCAUUCUCCUACGCCCAGUUCUUCCUGGUGUUUCCAAAUGUUACUGAAAUGCUCCGGACGCAGCUUCCUAACAGUGCGCAUGAGCUUCCCCUGGAUCGGCUGGCUGAGCUGACUGUUUCUUGCGCGCGGCUGGACGUAAAGUCGGCAGAGCUUCUGGCAGUGCUCGCGCGGAAUCUGCAGUUUGGGACCCUCAGUGACGAGCUAUUCGGCCAG